AGGUGGACAACGCAUUCGCAGUCUCCUAUCGGUCGCCAGCAUCGCGAAAUUGCCAAUUAUCGAAGGCAUCAUCCAUUCACUUGUUCAUGCUGCUUGCUUGCUUGGAAGCAAUGUACGAUGAGCAUCAUUUGGAAACUUUGCGCUCCUCUUGUACUAUACAGUCUCACGUUGGCUCUAGGGGCGAGCAAUGUCCGUUGGGAUGAUGGUGCCCUAUCCACAUUUAUUACGAGGCCCGAUCUCAAGCCGCCCAAGCUCCGUGUCGCUGUUCACGACGCCGAAAGAGUGACUCCAGGCUAUCUCUUCAUUGCGCCCUACAGUCACUUAGUGCCAGCGUCUGACAUGCAUGUAUACUCAACGCAUCAGAUAGGGCCACACAUCUACGACCAGGCCGGACGCCUUGUAUGGAGUGGAGCGGGUCUUUUCCCUAAUCGCGUCGCACUCGACUUCAAGAAGAAGACACUAGCGGAUGGAGCCGAGUACCUAACCUUCAUCGCUUACCAGAGCUUUCCCGGUUCGCCUUUCGAGAGAGGUGCUGGCAUUGCGCUGGACUCGGCGUACCGCAUGAUUCGAAACGUGACCAUUCCGUUGGAAGAAGGCUCAGUAUUGGACGUGCACGAGUUUACUCUGGUUGACAACGGCCAGUCUGCCCUGCUCGCAACCUCGAAGGUCGUCUUGACCUCGGUCGGUCCUGCGUCAGGGAACCAACAGCGGACCGCCUUGAUCAUGAAUGCGGAAGUGCAGGAAGUCAAUAUCUCAUCGGGCCAGAAGAAGUUCGUGUGGAGUGCGAUCGAUCAUAUAUCGACCAACGAGAGUACAUCGCCCAUGCCGAAUAAGGGCUCGUUUGACAAGUGGGACUAUCUGCAUCUCAAUUCGGUUGAAAAGACUGUCAACGGCGACUAUCUGAUAUCUGCAAGGCACACCGAUGCGGUAUACCUUGUCUCCGGUAUCGAUGGCUCCAUCAUAUGGCGCCUCGGCGGCACACGGUCGUCUUUCGUGAUGGAAGGCUUUAAUUUCUCGCGACAGCACGACGCACGACUACUUGCACAGAACGACACUAUCACGGUCGUGUCUUUACUCGACAACGCCGCCGACGAAAGCUUGACGAAUUUGACAAGCUCUUCGUGCUCAUCACUGCUUACAAUAGCUCUCCAUACUGCCGUCGAGCCAAAGAGGGCGAUCCUGGUCAGCCGCAUCAGCCGACCUGAUGAAGGUUUGUCUCGCCUUCGUGGUAACAUGCAAACGCUGCCUGGUGGGAACGUACUCGGCGGAUGGAGCGAACAAGGCUGGAUCACCGAGCAUGCUCCUAAUGGCGACCUGGUGUAUGAAGCUGCCUUCGCCUCGGAUCGAUUCUGCACGUACCGCGCAUUCAAAUUUGACUGGACCGCCUCGCCUGCGGGACUGCCGGUUGCGAGCGCCUUCGCUUCGACAACAUCGCGCGGUGAACACGCCACGGUCAUUCACGUGAGCUGGAACGGCGCCACCGAAGUCAAGGUCUGGAACUUCUUUACUACCGAUGACGGCGUACAUUCACCACGAAGGAUAGGCAAUGCGGAAAAGGCAGGCUUUGAAACCUCUGUUGUCAUCGGUAGCCACUUUGCAACUGUGUUCGCAGAGGCUAUCGAUGGGUCAGGGAGAAGCUUAGCCAAUUCAACUAUGGUCAAUACCGAGUUGCCGCUCGGCUGGCGCAUGGACUUUUCUUUGCCAGCGCCGGAGCGCCCUUCUUCGCCGCAAGAAGCUUCGGCAGAUAAAGAGCCACGACCUUCGACGGAAGAGCUUGCGCUACUUGAACAGAUACGUGAGAGCAACUCCGCCGUAUUUAGUAUGCCAGUCCUGUUGGCAGUCGUGGUUCUCUGUCCACUUGGUUUGUCGCUGUCACUUAGGUGGUGUGUCUUGAGGCGGAGAACCAGAGCACAACUGAAGUGCAAGGAAUGAAGACAGACGGCAGAUGCUAAUGUAUCCCAUUCCCUUCUUGAACAUGACUACUUCAUGCAUGUACACUACGCGCGCAUGAGCGCAGAUGUAAAGAGGCCUGAGUAUGCGGUCUGAUUGAGGUCAGAUCCUACGGCCAUUUUCCCAGCCUUACGGUCGCGCACAAGCCAUGGGGUGCCCCUGAGCCCAAAUUGCAGUGGGACCUGAUCGGUCAAUCAUCAGUAUGAAGGACCGAGAUUCGCCUGGAAACCAACUCCGUUCAUUGAUCACAUAGAUAGUGCUUGCAAUCCGAGACU